AUGAGAGUAAAACUGGAGCUACUUGGCCUCCCCCGACACCAGCAGCCGUUCCCCCGAGCCCCGGCCGGCGGCCCUCUGAUGUUAACGAGCCAGCGGCGAUGCCCCAUUGAGCCUUUCUUCGACAUCGAGGAGCUGCCGCCCGACGUCCUGCCCCGCAGGAAGCCGCCCCAGUUCAUGGUGGAUCUCUUCAACAGGGUGGCCGACGCCAACGGCAUCACCCGCGCCCCGGGGCUGCUGGAGGGCGACGUGGUGCGCAGCUUCGAGGACCGAGUUCACGUGGACCAGUACCGCUUCUACUUCGACGUCAGCGCCAUGGAGAAGGGCGAGCAGAUGCUGAAAGCCGAGUUCAGGGUCUUCAAGCUGAAGAGGACCCAUGUGUCUGGAAGGUCUGACGUGAAACACUUUUGCAAAGUGGAAGUGCAUGAGCUCUUGGAGAGUGGAAGUAAGCCACAAAAAAAAAAUCUCAUUGCAUCAAGAUUAUUGUCCCUGUACACAGAAGGCUGGGAAGUAUUCAACGUCACACAGACAGUUUCCAAGUGGGUUGGAAACAGCAAGUCCAACCAUGGCUUUUUGAUAACUACAACACAUGUAUUCAACAAUAGAAUUGAGCACAACCUGGUUAAGUUUGCCAAGAGCCAGGGCACUUUGCAGGAGAGUAGAAAUGCUCUCCUUGUCCUCUUCACCAACAGUAACAAACGGAGGUCUUCCAGCUUUGUACCCUCUUCCACAAAUAUGAACCCUGCCAAAAACGAUGCUUCACGCAUGCCUCAUGAAACUGAGAUCAUCGAAAGCAGCAGUGGAAGCAUCAGCAGGAGACCUCGAGCUGCUGCAAUCCCUUCUGCCAAAAGCCAGGUAGCAGCAUGUCAUCGAAGGGAACUCUAUGUUGACUUCCGUGCUAUUGGCUGGUCAGGGUGGAUUAUCUACCCAAGUGGAUACAAUGCAUUUUAUUGCAGAGGAUCCUGUCUUUUCCCCUUGGGGGAAGGUUUAAAUGCAACAAACCAUGCUACAGUUCAGUCCAUAGUCCAUACACUUAAACUGUCUCAAGAUGUCAGCACGCCCUGCUGUGUGCCAGAUGAAUUGAAGUCCCUCAGUCUUCUCUACUUUGAUGACAAAGAGAAUGUGGUCCUUAAAAAUUACAAAGACAUGGUGGCAACCAGGUGUGGUUGUCAUUAA